UGUAGAGUUUUGAGCAGGAGAAUCAGGACCAAACAUUGCCUGUUGACUCAUAAGUCUGGUCUUCUCUCAGCUGCACCUACAGAAUGUGCUUGUAAGAGAAAUAAAAAAUGAACCAAUUUCCGAAGCAGAACUACCAUAUUCCAACUACUGGUGAGCUGAGAAGAAAUAUGGCAUUCCAGGACUUGGUGUCAUUUGAGGACGUGGCAGUGGACUUUACCUGGGAGGAAUGGCAGGACCUGGACAAUGCUCAGAGGAUCCUGUACAGGGAGGUGAUGCUGGAGACCUACAGCAGCCUGGUAUCCUUGGGGCAAUGCAUCACCAAACCUGAGCUAAUCUUCAUGCUAGAGCAAGGAGCAGAGCAGUGGAUGGAAAAAGAACCCCCAAACCAGAGCCCACCAGAUGUCCAGAAGGGGGAUGUCAUAAUUGAGAACAGUGAGGAAAGUCAAGGCAGACAUUUGUGGCAAGCUGGAAUCACUAUGAACAACACACCACGAAUGGAGAGAGUUAUAUUAGGACAUGCUGAUCAUUUGACUUCCAGCCAUAUUUCAAAUCUGAUUGUAAAGAAUGCAGGCUCUUUAGGAGUGAAGCCCAAGCAGUUGAACGUAUGCGAGAACAGACAUUGCCCUAGUAAGCCUGAAGGGUUGUAUGUUGGUGAAAAACCCUAUCAGUGUAAUCAGUGUGGAAAAUACUUUGUAAAGAAGGCAUACCUCACCCAGCAUCAGAUAAUUCACACUGUGAAGAAGCCCUAUCAGUGUAAUCAGUGUGGAAUAGCCUUUCACAAGAAGUCAUAUCUCACGAAGCAUGAGAUACUUCACACUGGGGAAAAGCCCUAUAAGUGCAGUCAGUGUGGUAAAACCUUUGCCAGGAAGUCAUACCUCACCACGCAUGAGAAGAUUCAUACUGGAGAGAAGCCCUAUAAGUGUAGUCAGUGUCAUAAAACCUUUGUCUCAAAGUCAAAACUCGUUAGGCAUGAGAUGAUUCACACUGGGGAGAAGCCCUAUCAGUGUGGAAAAUCCUUUCACUUGAAGUAUAUCCUCGAUGUACAUGAGAUAAUUCACACUAGGGAAAGGCCCUAUCAAUGUAAUCAGUGUGGAAGAACCUUUCAUCUGAAGUCAACACUUGAUAGACAUGAAGUAAUUCACACUGGGGAAAGGCCCUAUCAAUGUAAUCAGUGUGGAAAAGCCUUUGGCCAGAAAUCACACCUCACUGUACAUGAGAUGAUUCAUACUGGGGAGAAGCCCUAUCAGUGUAGUCAGUGUGGAAAAACCUUUCACCUGAAGUCAACCCUUGAUAGACAUGAGGUAAUUCAUACUGGGAAAAGGCCCUAUCAAUGUAACGAGUGUGGAAAAACCUUUGGCCAGAAAUCAAACCUCACUCAGCAUGAGAGAAUUCAUACUGGGGAGAAGCCUUAUCAGUGUAAUCAAUGUGGAAAGUCCUUUCACCGGAAGUCAAUCCUCAUUGUACAUGAGUUAAUUCACACUGGGGAAAGGCCCUAUCAAUGUAAUCAGUGUGGAAAAGCCUUUGGUCAGAAAUCAAACCUCACUGUGCAUGAGAUGAUUCACACCAAGGAUAAGCCCUAUCAGUGUAAUCAAUGUGGAAAGUCCUUUCACCUGAGGUCAACCCUCAGUGCACAUGAGAUAAUUCACACUGGGGAAAGGCCCUAUCGAUGUAAUCAGUGUGGAAAAACCUUUCGCCAUCAAUCAAGCCUUACUGUGCAUGACAGAUUCCACACUGGGGAGAAGCCCUAUAAGUGCAGUCAGUGUCAUAAAGCCUUUGUCUCAAAGUCACAACUCACUAGGCAUAAGAUUAUUCACACUGGGGAGAAGCCCUAUAAGUGCAGUCAGUGUCAUAAAGCCUUUGUCUCAAAGUCACAACUCACUAGGCAUAAGAUUAUUCACACUGGAGAGAAGCCCUAUCAGUGUAGUCAGUGUGAAAAAUCUUUUCACCUGAAGUCAAUCCUCAGUAGACAUGAGAUAAUUCACGGGGAAAGGCCCUAUCAAUGUAAUCAGUGUGGAAAAACCUUUUGCCAGAAAUCAAGCCUCACUGUGCAUGACAGAAUUCACACUGGGGAGAAGCCCUAUAAGUGCAGUCAGUGUCAUAAAACCUUUGUCUCAAAGUCACAACUCACUAGGCAUAAGAUUAUUCACACUGGGGAGAAGCCCUAUCAAUGUAGUCAGUGUGGAAAGUCCUUUCACCUGAAGUCAGUCCUCAUUGCACAUGAGAUAAUUCACACUGGGGAAAGGCCCCAUCAAUGCCAUCAGUGUGGAAAAUCCUUUGGCCGGAAAUCAAACCUCACUAAGCAUGAGAUGAUUCACAUUGGUGAGAAGCAAUAUAAGUGUAGUCAGUGUCAUAAAACCUUUGUCUCAAAGUCACAACUCACUAGGCAUAAGAUUAUUCACAGUGGGAGAAGCCCUAUCAGUGUAGUCAGAGUGGAAAGUCCUUUCACCUGAAGUCAAUCCUCAGUGGACAUGAGAUAAUUCACACUGGAGAGAGGUCCCAUCAAUUCAAUCAGUGUGGAAAAACCUUUUGCCAGAAAUCAAGCCUCACUGUGCAUGAGAGAAUUCACACUGGGGAGAAGCCCUGUCAGUGCAAGCAGUGUGGAAAAACCUUUAUCCAGAAGCCACACCUCAGCAAUCAUCAGAUCACUCACAAGAGAGGAGCCUUUGAAGGUAGAAAAGCUUUCUCAGAAAUCAGACCUCAGGAAACAUCAGAGAAUUCUCACAGUGGGACAGUCUUGAGAGGCAGAGGCUAGCUAUGUGUCCUCCAAAAGCUAUUUUCUGAGUGAUAUAGCAAGCUCUUCUGUGCUUCCUCUUUCUGUGUCAUCUCUGUGGAGAUAAAGACACAAGUGAUGAACAUUCCUUCCAGGCCUAAAUUUAACAGUGACCUUCCAGUCCUACCAGACUUGCGGUUGAGCACUACAUGUCUUCAGUCAUUGUGAUUUCAGACAGAAAUGUAGAGAACAGAGGACUUUCGACCACUGGCCCAGCACCCUCUGUCUGUUACAUGUGAGAAAUAAACCCUACUCUG